CUUGUUUGCUAUUAUCCCACGCCAGCUUCGCGUUUAUCCGCUUAGGAACUCCGUUUUUUGUCGCUCAAACCCACUCGGCAAACGGUGUAUUUGCGCUUUGUUUUGUUUCUUGUUUCCACAUUGUGUAUUUCGGUGUAAAAGGUGCCAUCAACAAAACAGCAGUCGUGGAUACCAACGGUGAUUAUCACGAGUCAGUGCUAGUGCCGCCGCCCUGUCCACCCGCCACACCGCCCUACCAGCGGCUAACGAAGGCACUGCAGUGCGAUCCAAGAUGCGGACACGAGGUAACCAUCGGCCGGCGCAUCGGUCUUUACAGAUUUUGCGGCGACAUAGGACGUGGCAACUUUUCCAAAGUCAAAUUAGCUGUACACCAACUAACACGCGACAAAGUGGCUAUCAAAGUAGUUGACCGUGGUGGCUUGGAUGCGAAAGCGUUGCGUAUGCUCUCCAGUGAAAUAGCGACGCUCGAAUGCGUACAUCAUCCCAAUAUUUUAAGGCUUUUCGAAGUGGUGGAGACGCUGGGACGCGUAUAUCUGGUCACCGAGUGGAUACGCGGCGGCGAGCUCUACAAUCACAUCACACAGGGUGGCCCGCUGCGGGAGAUACACGCUGCGCCCUUGUACAAGCAGCUGUUGCUAGCCGUAAAACACAUGCACAGCUUGGGCUUUGUGCAUCGCGAUAUUAAGGCUGAAAAUGUGCUAUUGCUGUCAGAGGAUCGCUUGAAGCUGGCUGAUUUCGGUUUUAGCACACAACUUAUCAAUGGUGCCAAUCAGAAGCUGGACACAUUUUGUGGUUCGCCGCCAUAUGCUGCUCCCGAACUCUUCUCCGAUGAUCACUAUAUCGGUGCGCCGGUGGAUAUUUGGGCGCUCGGCAUUUUGCUUUAUUUCAUGGUUGUCGGUAAUAUGCCAUUCCGAGCGCCCACAAUACCGGGCCUGAAGGCGGCGAUAUUGAAAGGAGACUACCUGCUGCCUGGACAAUUGAGUCUGCCAUGCAUAAGACUUAUACAACGCAUCCUCAUCCACAUCCCCGCACGUCGUCCCACUGUUGACGAUAUGCUCACCAGUCAAUUCGUUUGCUAUCCAAAACUCAGCGCCGAACUCAUGCAAUAUGAGAUCAACUUACGUACGAAGCCCGCCAAACGCUCCGGUUUCUGGGUGCGCUCGAAAUCACGACGCAUGCGCAAAUCGUAUUCGCUGCGCGAACGCUACAUGGAAGUGACCAAUAAGCCGCCCAUCAACAUGAAUACACGCAAAAAUGACAGCGUAUUUGUCGAUAAUUUUUUACAUCCGAUCGAAAUCAAUCGUGAUCUACCCAACGAACUCACAAAGGAACCAUCAAAGCCAAACACACCGAAACGUUCAUUCUUCUGUGGCACGUUGAAAAAGAAAGUCAGCCCCAUGGAGUUGGAGAAGGAGCGGCAACUGGUCAAUGGGAACGGUUGUGAGAAUCGACAAUGGAAUGCGGAUGUGGCCAUCGAUUGUCCGCUUUUCAAAAACUACGAUGUUGAAACGGGAGAUUUUAUCAUGCUGCCAACAGAUACCGAUGACCUGACAUUGGUGAAACCGCUGGAAUAUGAGGCGCGUCAGCUGCUCGACGAGCUGGGCGUCAACUCCGAAAUGCUGCGCGCGGCUCUACAAAAUGGCCCACGUAGUGACAUAAUUGGCGCGUAUCGAAUUAUUGUGAAUCGUCUGCAAAAGCAGUCGUGGUUGGCGCGAAAGCAUGUCGAGCUGGCGCUGCAAGAGAUGCCAAAGAUUGAGAAGAAAAUGGAACGCUCAUGUUGCAUACUUUAAGGCGUACAAAUGAAUGUAUUAACCGUUUUCUCUCUAUCUCACUCACUUACAUUACAUUGAGGCACUACUUGUGCUAAUCACAGCUUCCAUAAACUCUUCGUCUCUCUCGUACUCUCUUAGACUAUAUAUCUCUCUUGCUCUUUGCGUAUCAGUCUUUCUUCCUCCGCCUAUCCUCCUGUCUAAGUAGUUGUAGAUAUUAAUCUGUUGCAUCGAGUUUGUCAUGUAACGUGUGUCUGGCACGUGACACGUGACAGGCAACAAGUGACUGCGUGCGUAUUGAAAUACAUACAUACGUAAGUGUAGUUUCAUUAAAACUGUGUAAAUGUGUAAGUAGUGAUUAUGAUCGCGGAUCUCGAAGAUGAUCACUCAAUCAUUUCAUUUUCAGAGAAGAAUGGAGUAAUCGAAGUUAUAUAAUAAAUUAGUCGAAUUUCAUAGUUGUAGUCGUACUUGUAAUGAACACGUAAAUAAUAGUCAAAUUGAGAAUUAACUGUUAGCUGAAUGUACUCGCUCUAUUUGAACUGCAAGAAAGACAUGAGUUCAUAUAGAAUAGUUAUAUAUAUGUUACACUCGAAAGAAGAAACAUAUACACAAAUACAUACAUAUUUAUUAUUAAUAUUAUUAGACACACAAGCGAAUGUGUUAAGUUCGUUAUAUUUUGUAAUUUUAUAAUUUCCAAAAACCUACUGUUAAUUGACAAAAUGUUGUAUUUUAGUUGUGAACUGUGACAAGUGAAACUUAUAACAAGUAAACCAAGUGGAAAGAAUUUUAUAAAUUGUUGGUCCAUUUUUAUAGUCACAAAUUUGUGCCGAAAAUCUAUAAACAAAACGAAAUAAGAAUAUAUAGAAACAAAUAUAAAACGACAACCGAAAAGGCAGCAAGCAUUUUGCAUAUUUGAAUUGUCUCCCAUGGAGCCAUUUACAUACCUUUAUAAUUAUUCAACAAAACUAAGUUUCAUAAUAAACUAGUGUAUAUUGUUUAACUAUGUGCGUUACGACGAUUUUGAAUGUAAUUCAGUCCAAUAAAUAUAUGAAGAGAAUCUUAAAAAUAA